AUGGAACUUUUGGCCAACAGUGCUAACGAUACCUACAUCAGCGUGACGGAAUCAUUAGUUAUGGAUAUGAAUGGAAAUCGCGUCAAUCCGGUUGAAAUGGGCGUUAUUAAUGCCGAGCAGUACGUGAGAGACGCGACUCCUCCGAAUCUUGUCAGCGUUCGAAUCGACCUGGAAGUAGACGAGCUAUUUCUCACGUUUGACGAACCGGUCAAGAUCAAUACUACGUUCGUCGAACGAGUCACUUUGCAAUCCCAAAAAUUUUUGACCGACAGUGGCAGCUCAUUGACUUUAAGAGGCGGUACAUACGAAUAUGAACGAAACACAAUAGAUAAGACACAAGUGAUGAUUACCAUACUUCCGACCGACAUCCGUUUGAUCAAGCUGGACGCGCAGCUUAUAAUCGAGAACGAAGAUAGUGCCUUCGUGUCGGUCAUGAGGGGUAUGAUCCGGGACAUGGCUAUGAAUGAAGUCAAUCCUAUUUCCUCCAACUCGUCUCUCGUGUUCGACUUGGUCGAGUACGAUGGGGUUCGUCCUAUUUUGUUGAGCUUUGAUAUCGAUUUAGACGCAAGCACGCUGACGCUGACAUUUGACGACGUCGUUUCAACGACAGGCACGACUCUGCGGGCGCAGGAAAUUACUUUACAGAGCUCGUCCGUCUUGUCUGAUUCGACGUCUUAUCGGUUAACGGGAGGCACCACAUUGUCGCCUUCCGGCUACGUUGUAGUCGUCAACAUUACGGAUGUCGAUCUGAACGCAAUUAAGAAAAACGAAGGAUUAUCGACUGGUAGGAACGCCACAUACUUGACUCACACGAGUGGCAUGAUCACCGACGAACGUGGCUUGAAAGUAAUUGUUCGUAAACCAGACGAUGGCUUGCAGGUGACGGAAUUGACGGAGGACAAGACGGAUCCACAGUUGGCGUUUUAUGACAUGGACAUGGACGUGGGAAUUAUCUAUUUGUCGUUUUCUGAGACUGUGAAAGCUAGUAGUUUGAAUCGCACUCUGCUAACGCUGCAGAGCGUUGAGAGUACGGUGGGGUACGCUGGAAACGGUUCUGUUGGCAUAUCGUUUACAUUAACUGGCGGUUAUCACACUCUUGAUGAUCUGACGACUAUCAAUGUCACAUUGUCAAAAGAAGAUCGAGACGAAGUUAAACGUCUCUUCGGUUUGUCUAUUUCUGUUAAUUCAACGUUUUUGUCUUUUCCUUUUUCUCUCAUACGGGAUAUGAACUACAAUGACAUCGUUCCUCAUUCUAUGGACUCGGCACAGAUGGCGCGAACUUUCGUUCCGGAUUUGACGCGACCCAGACUGGUAUUUUGGGACUUGGAUGUGGAAGCUGGAAAUUUGAGCAUGUUGCUUGACGAAACGGUCGACGCAUCGACGUUUGUAGUUACGGAACUGAGAAUUCAGGGUUCUGCCAACAGCUCAGAUAUCUUCACCUUGACGGGUGGAAACAGUACUGUGCAAGAUGGCACUUACAUUUCCGUCUUGUUGACUUUUGAAGAUUUAAACGAAGUGAAGAAGAUUGAUGAGAUCGGAACUUCUCGUAAUGACAGCUUUCUUUCAUUCAAUUGGACUUUGGUUGCGGACAUGAACGGCAACGUGAUCUCUGAGGUGGAAAAUGGUAAAGCUCAGCAAGCACGCCGUCAUAUCCCGGACAGGACAGCUCCUCUGCUUUGGUAUUAUGACUUGGACGUGGACGAGGGAAUGAUGCUUUUGACGUUUUCUGAGACCGUACGAGCUAGAACUGUACGCUAUAGUUACUUUAGUCUUCAGAGCAGUUCUUCGACUAAUUCUAGUGAGGCGGCACUGUCUCUGACUGGAGGAACUCGUUCUCAACUUAACUCUCGUUUCCUCAACUUGACUUUCUCCAAACAGGAUCGCGACGAGCUGACUCGCUUGCAUCUGUUGGCUGUGUCGAAGAACUCGAGCUAUCUGGUGAUUGAGCAGAAUGCUAUAGAAGACAUGAACGGAAAUUACAUCCAACAGCAACUGCCAUUAUUACCUGUCGUGUUUGUCGAAGACAAGACGGAACCACGUCUCGUAUUUGUUGAUCUGGAUCUUGAUGAUGGAAAGCUGAUUUUAACUUUCGAUGAGACUGUAAACGCAGCGUCGUUUCUCAUAACUGACUUGAUUCUUCAGAGCUCUUUCAACGCAUCUUCCAGUUACGUGCUGCAGAGUAGGCGGUUGCGAGACAGCGUAAGUUCUCGUCGCGAUUCCGUUUCUAUCGAAGUGUUGUUAUACCCCGAAGACCUAAACGAGAUUAAGCGAUCGAAAACUUUGGCUAUCUCGCUCAACUCUACAUUCGUUGUAUUUACAGACUUAUUGGUGAGAGACAUGAAUAGAAAUAAGGUUGUCGCUGUCAACAACAGGACUGCAUUUGCAGCAGGAAACUACACAGAAGACUCGACUAGUCCGGAAUUAGUUUCCUAUACUGUCAAUAUUUCUGCUUCACAGCUUUCUCUGACGUUUUCUGAAACGGUCAAUGUCGGUUCGUUUGUGUCCAGUGCUUUUACAUUCCUGCACGUGUCUAACGCAAGCCGUACAAGCCAAUUAGAGAAGUCUUUUACUUUGACGUCUUCGACCUUGAGCCGUAGUCCUGACGGGGUUACAAUGACGGUCGAUAUUUCAAGAGAAGAUCUGGAUGAGAUCAAACGCAUCAGAGGUCUUCUAGUCAGCGAUAAUACAACCUUCUUGUCGGUGACAUCAGCAGGCAUUAAAGACAUGAAUGAAAAUCAAGUGAAGUCUAUACCUCCGGAAUCUGCGCUACAGGUUACGCAGUUCUUGCCAGACACUAUCAGACCCUUUUUGGAUGGAUAUGAUCUUGACUUGGACGAAGGUACUCUCGUCUUGACUUUCAGUGAGACAGUUGAUGCGACAUCUCUAGUCAUUGGCGCGUUGACUUUGCAACAUGUUGUCAGCGCGGUGGUUACUCAAGACUCCUACACUCUCGUCGGUGGAGUCGGGCUUCUCUACAGUUCGUCCUCGAGCAAUGAUUCGACGGUGAUCACAAUUGAAAUUGGCAUCAGUGAUUUGAACAGUUUGAAAAGAGUAAGGUCGUUGGCUCAGAGUGAGGAGUCGACGUAUCUCGUCGUUUCAGAUUUACUCAUUCGAGAUAUGGUUGGUCUAGCUGUUGUUCCUAGAUCAAACCUGUCUGCACUGCAAGUUCGUAAUUAUACUUCUGAUGUAACAGGACCCAGUUUGCUCGAGUUUUCAUUAAAUUUAACGUCCGAAUACCUUAUUCUCACGUUUGACGAGACAGUGGCAGGGAUCACGUUGAACGUGUCUCAGCUGAUUAUUCAGUCUGAUGCUAAUGCUACUACUUGGUAUAGACUGACAGGUUUUCGAAAUCAUACAAGAGACGACAAUCACGUCAUAGAAAUCAAGCUGGCGCUAGACGACCUCCACGCCAUAAAACUGAGGAGAUCACUUGCUAUCAGUCUGGAGUCGUCUUGGCUUCGCAUUCUAUCUGGUGCAGUCGAAGAUACCGCUCUUACGCCAAAUCUGAAUGAGCUCGCCACUCUACAGUCUUCUUCGUUUGUACCGGAUUUUGUGAAGCCGACUGUCGAGUCGUAUACAGUUGAUAUGAACUCAGGACUGUUGACUUUUAAUUUUGACGAGCCGAUGGAUCCAUCAACUCUCGACGCAACAUCCCUUGUGUUGCAAACCUCGCCACUUUCUUCUUACCUUCCAAGAGUUUACAGGCUGACUGGAGGGACGUCUCCCAGCGGUGACGGCUUGCAGCUGCUCUUGUACUUAAGCGAUGAUGAUCUGAAUGAGAUCAAGAGGAAGGAGGAACUUUUUAUCAAUAGUGAGACAUCGUAUUUGGUAGUCGACAGUGAUUUUAUCAAGGAUAUGUCUGGAAACAACAUUGCCAAGAUUUCAAACGGCUACGCUUUGCAAGCUUCCAACUAUGCCAAUGAUACUAACGGAGCUCGAUUGAUUGGGGUAGAGUUGGAUAUGAAUAGCGGGACGGUCACUUUGACGUUUGACGAGACUAUGGAUCUAUCGUCUCUGCAGUUCGACCAAUUCACAUUGCAGUCUUCGUCAAAUGUCACGAGUGACGAGGAGCGUGUCACAUUGAGUAAUGGAAUGAUACUGACAAUCAACGACAGCACCGUGUUCUCGUUUCGUCUUUCUUAUUUUGAUCUAAACCAAGUGAAAUCGAAGCAGAUUGCAGAUGUAGCCAGUCGCUCGUGGUUUGUCUAUUCAAGCCGCUUUGUCCACGAUAUGAAUCGUGUCUCGGCUGUUGCACGCGUAAAUGGUGUUAAUGCAGCUAACGUCAGUCGGCAUGUAAUGGAUAAGACGAGACCUCGAUUGCACGACUUCCGUAUUUCAUUGAGCAAUGGAACACUAACGUUGCAGUUCAGUGAGGCCAUUGAUAUGUCGGCUGUCGACGUGACUGGUCUUCUUUUGCAGUUCGACAACUUUAUUGACUUGAAGCGAACUCAAUAUUAUUACAUACUGACUGAAAGUAGCUCUACGUCAUCCUCUAGUCUGUCACCUGAUGUCGUGACAGUACAUUUCAGUGAUAAGGAUCUUGAUGCUAUUAAGGAAAGAACAGAGCUCGCUAUUAGUAAUGAGACUACGUACAUCAGCAUGGUAUCAUCUACGUUUCAAGAUACAGUAGAAAAUGACGUCGUCGCUAUCUCGAAUAGAUUGGCUAUGAAGACGAGUGACUUUGAAGCUGAUCACGUUAAACCUCAGCUCCUCUCGUUUGAUCUCGACCUGACGAAAGAAGAGCUUGUCUUGAGUUUUUCAGAAAUAGUUGAUCGUGCGUCUUUAAAUCUUACCGUGCUGACCAUUUCUUCUGGUCGUACUGCAGAAGAAUUUUCCGGAAGUGGAAGCGGAAGCGGAAGCGGUUCCACGCCAGACGUCCAUAGUUACACUCUAACAGGAGGCGACACCUCGGGUUCCAAUAGCCGAACGCUCGUAAUUUAUUUAUCAGAGAUCGAUCUGAACGCAAUCAAGAAAGACUAUGAAUUGGCUGUAAACAACAAAACUACUUUUAUAAGUUUUUAUUCAGGCCUGAUCUUAGACUUGAAUGCAAAUCGAAUUGAUGGCAUUACGGCAGCUGACGCGAACUCCGUCACUAAUUACGUCAAGGACAGCGUUCGGCCCAGUUUGAAGUCAUACACUUUGGAUUUGAAUGGAGAAAGCCUUAGUUUGACAUUUGAUGAAACUGUAAACCAAAACACUUUGAAUGUUACUCAAAUUUCAUUUCAGGACAGACCUAGUGUGGUAAAUACGUCUUACACUCUUACCGGUGGCGUCUCUUUAAGUGACAACGAGACAGUAAUCGAUGUGACGCUCUCUGAAGAUGACUUGAACGAAAUAAAGAGGUUGACUGGUCUGGCGACGGGAGUUGGCAAUACCUUUGUAACGAUGCAAGGCUCGGCUAUUCGUGAUAUGGCUGGUAACCCUGUAGUAGAGAGAGUGGAUGGCAGUGCGUUAGCGGUGAGCUUGUUUACAUCUGACAAGACGAGACCUCGUUUAGUUGCCUAUUCGUUGGACAUGAACUUAGGGUCGAUGGUAUUGAAUUUUAGAGAGACCGUCGAUGUGUCUUCGCUUGAUCUGACAAAGAUAUCGCUUCAAAGCACCAUGUCUUUAACAUUAAUGGAAGGAUUGCAAUAUACUCUCACUGGAGGUUCUAUUGUGUCUACUAGAGAUGGCACGUCGGUUGCAGCAAAGCUCUCAUUUGAAGACUUGAAUGCUAUUAAAAGAAUCCCAGAAAUUGCGUCUUCCGAAACGUCUACUUACCUCGUCCAUGACUUGGGCGUCAUCAGAGACAUGAGCAGCAAUGAAGCAGCAGCCAUUCUCGAUGGCAGCGCUCUUAAGGUGUCACAAUACUACUAUGAUACCACAAGUCCCACGCUUGAUUCGUUUACAAUGGAGAUGGACAGUGGAGUUAUGUUGCUGACAUUCAGUGAGGCAGUCAACAUUACAACCCUUCAGCUUUCAAAGUUUGAAUUUCAAGACUGUGCCGAUGAGCCAAUUUCGUCUUCUGGAAGUGAUUCGGGAAGUAGCAUGGAGACCGGAGUGUCACCAUACCGUUUGAGCGGCGGCGGUCACUGUGAUCCGGAGGAAAGAAUUCGGUUCACUUGUGUGCUACCGGACUUCGACUUAAAUGAGAUUAAACGAUUGCCUAUUUGUACAAACAGUCGCAAAGGGAGAGACUGCUACGUAACAUUUGAUGGCAGUCUUAUACAAGACAUGGCAGGAAAUGAGAUAGAAUCCGUCUUUCAAGGAUGUGGAUUUCCAGCCACGCUUCUGGAGCCAGACUUGACUUCUCCCAAGCUGUUGACGUUUAGUGAAUUCAAUCUUAACGUGGGGACCAUCAGUCUUCUGUUUGACGAGACAUUGAACGUUUCGACUGUGAAUUUGACAGAAUUGCGGCUGCAGUCGUUCAUUCGGUCUGCCGAACACACAUUCCAACUUACAGGUGGUCUUGUGACGUCACAAGAUGGACCUAUGCUAAACAUAACAUUGUUGAAAGAGGACGUGGAUGAAAUUAAGGUGAUGCCUUACGUCUGUUCGGACGAAAACAAUUGUUGGCUGAGCUUUACUUCCGAUUUUGUUAAAGAUAUGGCAAUGAAUCCUGCCGCGGAAGUCACUGUUAGUGCGGCGGUCGAGUCUAAGCGAUUUGUAGACGAUGAGAAAAGUCCAACCUUGCUUGAUUAUCAUCUGGAUUUGGACAAAGGAACAUUGACUUUGUCCUUUGACGAACCCGUUCUUACAUCGUCGUUAGAUGCUAGAGCCAUCACUAUUCAGAACCGUCAGUUCGUUACCAAAUCGUUUGACUACGUAAAGCUCACUGGUGGUAGGAGCAGCAGUAUCAACGGCGCUGUCAUUGCGGUCACUUUGCUAGAGAAAGACGUCAAUGCCAUCAAAGCUCGUUCUUCUCUUGCAUCUUCACCAAACGAUACAUACGUUCGGUUUACGGGAGAUUUGAUUUCUGACAUGGUGAGACGAAGACCUAAUAAUGUUGAUCCCCAAACAAACGGUGAAGCUCUAGCUGCUGAAGAGGAUAGUUACACUGGUGACGUAACGCUGCCCAAAUUGUCUUCUUUUGACUUGGAUUUGGACGACGACGUGCUGACUUUAUCUUUCGACGAACCUCUAAGAAUUUCGACGUUGAAUAUAAGCAACUUUCAGUUACUAAGUUCAAACGAGACGGAGGCAGUUGCAAGGCGCUUGACGGGUGGUAUUGUCGAUGAGGCAACAUAUUCGAACGGUACGAUGCACGUUCUUAUUCAUCUUUAUUCUUCUGAUAUUAGGUUUCUUAAAAUCAAUACCUCCAUUGCCACCGAACGUGGUGACACGAGGAUUGCUAUGUUUCCGCAAACCAUUCAGGACAUGGCCGAUAAUUGGGCAAGUCCGCUCGGUCGUUCUUCUUCCAUCCAAGUAUCCGACUUUAUCGCCGAUCAGACGGCCGCUACGCUUACACGCUACGUGUUGGACCUGAACAGAGGCGAACUGCGACUGACGUUUAAUGACGUUAUUGAUGCAAAGUCUCUCUUCGGUCCAGCGUUUACGCUUCAAACUGGCGAGUCUCGCAACAGAAACUAUGUCAGUCUUACUUCUAACUCUACAACGGCCAGUGAUAGCGGCUACGAUAUUGUGCUGCAGUUGUCUGAGAGUGAUCUCAAUGCAGUGAAGGCUAACGUAGAUUUGGGAACGAACAGAGAAGACACGUAUUUAGCGAUGACAGCACAGGCCGUCGACGACGUGUUCGGGGUUGAUGUCAUUGCCGUGACGGAUCAUCACGCAUUGCGAGCAAGUGAGGUGAUCGAAGACCAAACUUCACCGCUUUUGAGAAGAUUCUCGUUGGAUAUGGACCGAGGUUUAUUGGAUCUAACGUUUUCAGAAACGAUUCGGUCAGACAGUUUCAACUCUACCGACAUCGUCUUGGUUUCCUCGUCUAUUGCAGAAAACGCUUCUGUUUAUCGUCUCCAAACUAAUGCCAGUACAUUAAAUCAUUCUCCUGUCUUGACGUUCAUUUUGUCGACUGCUGACGUCAACGAGCUUAAGCGUUUGAAUAGUCUGGCGGUAUCGAAAGAAUCGACUUUUCUAAGCCACUCUUUACAACUCGUCGAGGACAUGAAUGGCAAUAGUGUAGAUGCUAUACGAAAUGACGCCGCUCAACAGGUGGCUCGUUUCACUGCAGACACGACUAGUCCAGUACUUCAAGGUUUUUCAUUAAACAUGACCAGCGAAGAAAUGUCGCUUACAUUUGACGAGACAGUCAACGGGUCAACGCUUACGCCUGAGCGGAUUAUAAUGGUGUCUCCAGACGGAAGCUUUGCUUAUCAUCUGACAGGUGGAUCUCCAGUGAGAUUAAGCUCAACGGUUUCUACUCUGAGACUGUCGACGAGUGAUUUAAACUAUCUCAAGUCGUUUCCUGCUAUUGCCGUUUCUGAACUGACGACAUUUCUUUUAUUAAAUAAGGGGGCCAUCGAGGAUAUGGCAGGUAAUGAUGUCAUGUCUUUGGCACUCGAUUCUCGCAUUCAGGCCGCGACUUUUUAUCCUGAUACUGUUCGACCUCGUUUGCUCUCCUUCAAUUUGAAUAUGAACACGGGGCAAAUGAGUUUGGUGUUUGAUGAGACCGUGCAACCGACUUCGACUACGUUGAGGUAUCUUGUUCUUCAAACUUCAGCAAACGGUAUCAGUGAAGGUUCCGUGAGGCUCACUGGUGGAUUAGCCACGUCACAGUUGUCCACCGUCGUCAAUGUGACAUUGUCAGAUCCUGAUCUGAACAUCUUGAAGCAAGUAAAGAAUAUUGCAACGUCAAGUAGUGAUACUUAUCUUGCAGUAGAUGCUGGAAUGAUCGACGACGUGGCUGCCAAUCCAGUGCAAGCUAUUCCUACUUAUCAGGCUAUGGCAGUUAGUCAGUAUGUCAAUGAUACCAACCGACCUUUCGUGUCCGCGUUUGUUUUGGACAUGAACAGAGGAGUUGUCACGAUGACAUUUUCUGAAACGGUUCUUUUUUCAAGCGUUUUGCCUUCUGAGAUGACUCUUCUCGGCCGACCGAAUGCGGACACUAAGAAUGCGGUGUCUUUAGUCGACGGUACCGUUUCUGUGUCUGCUCCUAUAGACAACGGACUGGUUGGAUUAAAUCCUUGGGUCGACGCGAACGACUCUGUGACGGUAGACGUUUUUCUAACACUAGACGACCUCAACGAUCUGAAACGGAUUGAAAGCUUGGCUACAAAUAUAUCAAAUACUUAUCUAGCAAUCGAGUCUGCGUUUGCGCUAGACAUGAGAGGAAACGUGGUAGAAGAAAUCUCUCAGUUGUCUCCUUUGCAGGCAUCUGAUCUUAUUUCUGAUUAUACUCCGCCUCGUCUUCUCUCGUUUGAGCUAGACAUGAAUGCUAGCCGUCUGACAUUGUCUUUUUCGGAAACAGUCGACGUUUCGUAUCUGCAGAUUACUUCUAUCUCUUUGUUGGAUUCAAGAAAUUGGACAGUGUCUCACACUUUUUCUAACGUUAGUCGAUCAAUUAGUGGUGAUGGUCCAGAUGUCGUUAUUGAUUUGCACGCAAGAGAUACAAACGAGUUGAAGCGAGUAACUGGGAUUAGUACGAACGGAAACAACACAUUUUUGUCAAUCGGUGAAGACGCUGUGAGAGAUAUGAGCAAUAACAGUCUCGUUCCAAUAUCGUCUUCGAAUGCCUUGCAAGUGAAGCUGUUCACUCCUGACGAUAUUCAACCAGAGCUCGAGUCAUUUUCUCUCGAUAUGGACACUGGGCAGUUGUUGCUCACUUUCUCCGAAACUGUUAACUCGUCUUCUCUUGUUCUCGACCGUUUGCAGCUUCAGAGUAGCGAAGACUUGGAUAAUGCGACACAAUUCUAUGUUUUGACGUCUGUGUCAGGAACAAAAACCACUAGCGUAGAUGGAACCAUUCUACAAGUUGCAAUAAGUCGAGCCGACUCUAACGCAAUCAAGCGUUUGCGGCAACUUGCUACGUUGCAAAAUAACACUUUCUUGAGCGUAAUAAUGGGUGCAGUGAAGGACAUGAACGAUCUCGACCUUGUUCCUGUAUUAGUGAGCAAUGCUGCUCCCGUAGAAGAAUAUUUCGUUGAUGUUUCCGAACCUGAGCUGGAUGCUUUCAGUUUGAAUCUAACGAGCGAAAUUUUGGUUUUGACUUUCGACGAAACUGUCGAUGUUGUCAGUCUAGACUUGUCCAAGUUUGACCUCGUUAACAAUCUAAGACCGACGUUUUUCGUGAAUCUCACUGGUGGUGACAAGCUGUCGCAGGAGGACACACACGUUGUCUCCGUCAAGUUGUUUUCUUCUGAUCUUAAUGAUAUUAAAUUGGACAUGAUGUUGGCUACAAGUGGGGAAAACACUUGGCUCGUUAUGGAGGGAUAUGCAGUGAAAGAUGUGGCGUUUGAUCAAAACGGCGCAUCGGCAACGAUUUUGCAAGCGUCUGAUUUCGGUGAGGACACGGUAUCUCCUCGGGUGACGUCGUUUGAGGUUGAUAUGAAUGACGGUACUAUUGGUCUGGUUUUCAACGAACCUGUUGAUGCGAACAGCUUUAUGUAUCAACAGCUUACUUUACAAGCUUCCGUCAGUUCUGGUGUUUACGUCACUCUCAGCGGUGGUUCUUCUAACAGUGCCAAUGGUCUUCGGUAUACUGUGCAUAUAAGCAGAGACGAUUUGAACGAAGUGAAGAGGCUUACCGAACUCUUCACAAGCAGAAAUUCUUCUUAUAUCAGUUUCACGUCUUUACUUGUGAGAGACAUCGCCGGAAACUCGGUGACAUCUGUGUUAAACCAAACUGCACUACAAACGAGCGCAUUCCACAACGACACUAUAAAACCGCGGAUUGUCAACUUUGACCUAGACAUGAACACUGGACAUGUGACGCUCUAUUUCUUAGAAACCAUCGACGUUUCGUCGUUGGACUUUGAAGGAGUGACUCUGCAAAAAGCAUUGAACGUUUCUAGAGACAACGAAAGGCAAACGUUGACCAACGGUUCAUUGUUGAAUGUCGAUGACUCUGUUGCACUCAGGUUUGCUCUAACAGUUGACGAUUUGAACGAAAUAAAGAGAAAAGAGAUUGCUCGGAGUAAUAGUACUUGCUACCUGGUGGUAGCCGACGGAGCCGUUAUAGACAUGAAUAGUCAGCCUGUCAAACCUUUGGAAAAUGGUCUCAGUUCAUUGCCAGUAUCGCACUAUACUCCGGAUAUUACUCCCCCAAGAUUGCAGUCAUAUUCUUUGAAUCUUACGUCUCGAGUGCUGUCGUUAAGCUUUACCGAGACGGUUAGAUCGGAUGCAGUUAUGACGACUGGUCUAACGAUGCAAUCUCGUGCCAACGCCAGUUUACACGCGCAAAGUCACGUGAUAUCUAAUUCUAGUUAUGUCCAAUCUGGUGACAAUGCAGUCAUUUCUAUUCGUUUAGAAUUUUUAGACUUUAACGCUAUCAAGCGAUUUACGAACCUUGCUGUUUCAAAGGAAACAACAUAUCUCAGCAUUGCAGCUGGCAGCGUGUCAGAUAUGGUUGGCAAUCUUAUUGCUAAAGUUGGAGUAAGUCGUGGACUUCCUGCUACACAAUUUACACCAGACAUUGUUCGUCCACUUUUGAACAGCUAUACCUUAGACAUGGACGCUCCGUCGUUGACUCUGUCAUUCUCCGAGACUGUCAACAUUUCGUCCCUUUUAUUGCUACAUUUUACGAUACAGCAGAAUGCCAGCGGCUUGGAAAUGAGCAGUUAUCAUUUGACUGGAGGAACCAUUCUUGGCGGCAAUGACGCCGUCGUUGUCGUUGAGAUGUCAUCCUACGACUUUAACGAAAUCAAGAAGCGGACAUCUUUAGCUGUAGACAUAUCGUCUACUCAUUUGUCUCUUACCUCGAGAUCUGUAUCAGAUAUGGAUGGCAACAGGAUCCUCGAAAUUGCUGCAGUUGAAGCUCUGAGGGCAAGGAGCUACAUCAAGGACGAAACUCCACCUCAAAUCACUGCAUUUGAACUGGACAUGAAUGAAGGCGUCAUUACAUUGAAUUUUAGCGAGACGGUCAACACGACAUCUGUCCGGUUGAGCUUAUUAAGUAUUCGCAACAAAGAUUCUAAUGCCACUUCAAGGCAUACUCUAACCGAUGGCGAGGUCGAAGCUCGAGGUACAGGGAUGCAAUCCACGUUUGGUCCGUCAUUGAAGGUUUCAAUAUCAGAGUUCGAUCUGAACGAUAUCAAAGCAAUAGAAAAUCUUGCGGUGAGAGUUAACGAUACCUUCCUUACUGCCAACUCUUUGUUUGUGGAGGACAUGGACGAUAACCCACUUGUUUCUGUCACCGCUGAUAACGCAUUGAAAGUAUCAGUGUUCACGGAUGACGUAACAUCACCUACGCUACGUUCUUUUGAUGUGAACAUGACGACACGUGUUCUGAUUUUGAGAUUCAGUGAAACAGUGAAUGCGUCUUCACUCGAGUUGACGGAAGUGUCAUUGCAGAAUGCGAAGUCGGCUUCAAAGAGUACAUCGUUUUAUCAACUGACUGGAGGCGCAAUAUCGUUUUCGGACAAUGAAGUUAUAGGCGUAGUUUUAUCGGACGCAGACAGCAAUGCUAUUAAGUCGAGAACAACAUUGUUUACUUCGGUAAACAAUAGUUAUGUCUCCUUGUCGGAAAACACCAUCCGGGAUAUGCGACGGAACUCUGUCGUUUCUAUCAGCAAUGGAAGUGCUUUAAGAGUCGCUUCAUUUGCGGCUGAUUUGAUAAGACCAACCUUGAAUGACUUUGAUCUCAACAUGACGUCAGAGCAACUGUCUCUUCACUUCAGCGAAAGUGUUGCUGCUGUUAGUCUUGAUCCAACACAGAUAACACUGCAAGGCGUUGGGAAUGAGACCGAGUACAGUCUUAAGGGCGGAGAGAUCCUCAAUAGUGAGAACGGAACGACAGUGAUCAUUCAGUUGACAAGGCUAGACGCCAACAACAUUCAGGCUUUGAUCGGUUUAGGUGACUCCACGAAUACGACUUUCUUGUCACUGACUUCUACCGCUGUCUUAGACAUGAAUCUCAAUCUAGUUGUUGCUGCUAACCGUCUAUCGGUUAGAAGUUAUACGGAGGAUACAGUGCGGCCACGCCUCAACUUUUGGGAUAUAAACCUAAAUUUGGGUACGAUUGCACUUUUCUUUUCAGAGACCGUCAAUACGUUUUCUCUGGAUGUUGGAAAAUGGGAUUUGCAAAGCAACAAUUCAGAGUCUUCGGUGUUGCACCGUUUUGAUCGGUCACGAGGAACUCAAACAACAAGUUCCAAUACAUCAAACGUUGUUUUGGAGAUUGGUACGGACGACCUGAACGAGAUAAAGAAACUGCCUGCUUUGGGAACGUCUAUUAAUAAUACCUACAUAUCGUUCUCUGAGCUUGCGGUGCUUGAUAUGAACAACAACCGAAUUGUUCCAGUGUCUAGAGGAGACGCCCUGCAGGUACGUAAGUUCACUGCAGAUGUGACACGUCCAAUUUUGCAUAAUUUUGUUUUGGACAUGAACGACGGCACGUUAUCGCUUACGUUUUCGGAGACGAUUAACGCGUCAUCGUUUUUCGCCACGUCUAUGAAGCUUCAAUCAGUGAACGACAGCGACGAGAUUUCUGUGAUUUUGAGUGGGCGACAGCAAUCUCUUGAUGACGAUUACAUUGUGAAUCUGAACUUGUCGGAGAACACGUUGAACGAGAUCAAACGUAUGUCGGAGCUUGCAACGAUGCUGGGAAACACUUUUCUGUCGCUUAGUAAUGAGACCGUCGAGGAUAUGAAUGGAAACGCCAUAGUAGCUAUAAGUCGAGAGAAUGCUACUGCAGCGGCGAUGUAUUACAGCGAUAUUAUUGCACCGUCCUUGAGGUCAUUUACUCUCGAUUUGAAUGAAGGAUUGUUAGUUCUAUCAUUUUCGGAAACGGUGAACUCGUCGUCCCUUUCUAUCGACGAACUUGUGAUUCACAACUUUGCAGUCGGGACUGCAGAUUUCCAGCAGUAUCGCUUAACAGCUCUCUCGAAGGUGCUUCCGUUUGACGAGAGUGACUCACACGUUCUCUCUCUACCUCUUUCUGCGACUGAUCUUAACGAGCUCAAGCGGUUAUCUAAGUUGUCUAGUAAGCUGGAUGGAUCAGACACUUUUCUUGCUUUUAAUUCUGGUUUCGUGAUUGAUAUGAAUGGAAAUGAAAUCGAGGCUUCCUCUGUUUCGGAUGGAACGAAAGUCAGUAUGAUUACAGCUGACUUGACGUGUCCGACAUUGGCAGCGUUUUCACUGGAUAUGAAUUACGGCAUGAUUCGCUUGACUUUCGACGAGACUGUUAAUUCUUCGUCUCUCAAUGCUGGCUUUGUUCGCAUCCAGGGUACAGCGGCUUUAAACCCAGCAUUUCUCCACGUAUUUACCAGUACAGAUACGGACAGUCCGGAUGGAACGAUAUUGGAGCUUAGUGUGACAGAUGAAGAUCUCAAUCAGAUCAAGAUUUUGCCGAUUGUAGCUACAUCGGUAGAGAAUUCUUGGAUAUAUCUGAAGCAAGAUGCAGUGACUGACAUGUCUGGUAAUGGAUAUUGCAAUGACACUCGUCCGACGCAGGUGACGGCUGGCAAUUUUACGGCUGACUCGAAAGCUCCGUUUCUCGAUUCCUACAGUGUAGACAUGGAUUCAGGACUUAUCACUUUGACGUUUUCCGAAGCCGUUCAUCGCACUGAUGUUACAAAGUUGACGUUCCACGGGUCAUCGAUUGGGGAAGGAAAUAUCACGUUAACUGGAAGUCUUCCUAAAGUUAUUGAAGUCAACGAAACUGCUCCUGAAGUUGUCCAGUUCUAUUUGACAGAAAUCGAUUUGAACACUCUCAAAGCUGCAGAACUGAUUGCUACAGGAUCGAACGAUACGUAUUUGUCAUUUCCCAAAAGCGCUUUUAGUGAUCUUGUUGGAAACGUGAUGUACAUUAAUGCGACGGCACCGAGAGCCGUUGCUUCGUAUGUGCCCGACUCGACGCCACCGUUGCUAACGUCAUUCAAUUUGGACAUGAACGAAGGCUUGCUCAUAAUGUCGUUUUCCGAGACUGUGAAUGUUACUAGCGUCGUCGUUAGUAACAUUUUCUUACAAAACGACACAUCGUCGAUAUUACCUAUUGCUGCUUAUCGACUGGAGAACGCUCUAGUGUCGCAACCUGCGAAUGGCAUUAUUCAUUUCGAGUUGUCUCAAGAGGACGUGAACGAGAUCAAGAGAAUGACCGACCUCGCAUAUAGUGAUACGAGUACAUACCUAUACAUGCGUUCAUCUACAUUACGCGAUAUGGUUGGCUUGUCGGUUAGUUCCGUUGACAGCAUUGCUGCGGCGAAAGUCGCUGUUUACGAAUAUGACAAGACUAGACCUCGAUUGAUUUCGUUUUCUGUGAAUUUGACAUCUGAGACUAUCAGUCUGUCGUUUGAUGAAACUGUGGAAGGCAGCAGUUUGAAUGUGCCUAAAAUUUCGUUGAUGUCAGGUCUCGAUGAUGGCGAUAAAUACACCUUGAGAGGCGGCACCGUUAUUACUGAGGACUCUACCAUCGUCGUGGUUCAGCUUGAGAAAAGAGACUUGAACAAGAUCAAACUAAACGAGAACUUGGCGACAUCUCUUAACAAUACUUGUUUAUCAGUCGACGCGGACUAUGUGAACGACUUGUCAUCUCCGCCGCAGUCGUCCGAGGCAAUUGUCAUUUGCGCUAGCGAAUACGGAGAAGAUACUGUCUUACCGAGACUUACAACCUUUGCAUUGGACAUCAAUUCCGGCAUUUUAACGUUAAAUUUUGAUGAACCUGUACGACGUUCGUCAGUCGACUUCACGCAAUUGGCGUUACAGGCGAUGAAGUCCGUCAACUCGUCUAUGCCAAAUCUUCAGCAGCGUCUCGCAGGAGGUUUUUCAGUCAGCACAAACGGCUUGAUACUGAAGAUUAAUAUUACAAAGGACGAUCUGGAUGAGAUCAAACGGAAGUCAUCUCUAGCGACUAAUAAUGCUAAUACUUAUAUUAGAGUUGGCAGUGGAUUUCUUGAAGACAUGAACAACAAUUCCAUUAUUGCUAUAUUGGAGUCUUCUGCCGUCCGAGUGUCGAACUUUGUGGGUGACACCGGUAGACCUACUCUUGUGUCGUUCGACCUUGACAUGGAUUCGUCUCUUCUUACACUUUACUUUGACGAGACUGUAGAUGUUUCAUCGCUCCGAGUCAAUGCUAUGGACUUGCAGAGUGACUCUAGAGUUGACGUCAUGGCAGAUAGGGUGUCUUUGACUGGAAUGUUAAAUAGAACGGUCGACGACACGAUUGUCUUUAUUCUUUUGUCUUUGGAUACGAUGAAUGAGCUCAAAACGAAGCGUGUGGGCACGAACAACUCUUCGUCGUGGCUUAGCCUGUCUGACGUGACGAUAAAAGACAUGGCUGGAGAACUGGUAGCUCCUCUUGUGAACGGAGUUAAUGUUGAAUCGGUAACAAGAUACACUACAGACACUACGCAACCACGCUUAGUCGAUUUUAGCAUUGAUUUAACAUUGGAAACUAUCUUGCUGACCUUUACAGAGACAGUCGAUGCGAGAACUCUAGAUUCCACAUUUAUCACUCUUACCGAUGGAUCUUCGCCACCUACUGCUGACGCAAUUAUCUCGUUUUCGAAUGCGAGCAUUGUGAAUGAAAACUCUGAUGAUGGCCCUAUUGUCACAUUAGAUAUAGGAGCAGCCGAUCUUAAUCGUUUGAAAGAAAUUACCAAAUUAGGAACGAGUAUGAAUAACACUUUUAUGUCAUUGUCAAAAGGUGGUGUACGGGACGUAUUUGGAAAUGAUGUCGAAGAGGCAAGCGACGUGCAGGUCGAUAAGUUUACUGGAGACGACACCAGACCCGAGCUGUCGGGAUUCGAUCUUGAUCUCGAUUCUGGAGUGAUGAGCGUUACGUUUAGUGAGACGGUCCGAGCAGCUAGUUUGGAUACCAGCGGCAUUACGAUCGCCAGUUCUAGCAAUCUUACGGGCCCUCGAUACGAUUCAUAUACUCUAUCGGGCUUGCACGAUAAAGUCUCUGAAGACAGUACCGUACUUCACAUAGACUUGACUACGGAAGAUCUCAACAACUUAAAAUUCAAACGAGGCUUGGCGACGUCACGUGACUCUACCUACAUUAGCGUCGAUGCCAAAGCUAUUGACGACAUGUAUGGCAAUGAAUUAUCUGUUAUCAAUCGCGUAUCUGCUCUCAUAGCAAAUUCGUACGUGUCCGACACGACUUCACCUGUUCUAUCCGAUUGGUCACUCGAUAUGAAUGCGGGUGAGCUGACUAUUUCGUUCGAUGAAACGGUGAAGAACAGCAGCUUGGUUUUGCCUAAGCUUUCCGUCAGGGACAACUCUACUUACGUGUCAUUCGAGUACAUGCUGACCGGAGGAAUGAGCUUGAGUCACGAUAGCAGUCAGUUGAAUAUAGAAUUAUCGGAGGCCGACUUGAACGAAAUCAAGCGACUUGACUUGUGCAGUCACUUUCAAAACGGUAGAGAUUGUUAUAUUGUACUGGAGGAGGCCGCUGUUGAAGACAUGGCCGGCAAUUUUGUCAAAGGAUGUCGCUAACUUGCGCAUCUAACUUUUGGCAUUAGCAUGGAUGUGUAAACGGUCUGAUUUAUUAAUUUGCCGUAAAUUGUGUAUUUGAGGAUGUGUAAUUGUUGUAUUUUGCUGCAGUAUAUAUACAUUGUGUUGUUGGUAAGAAUUUAUAAAGCAAUUGUUCUA